AUGUCUGCCUCGGACAGAGUGGUCGUGGUGCUUGGAGGGGCUGGCGCGGUGGGAUCCGGGAUAGUGAAGUCACUGCUGGAGAGAGGUUUCCGAGUCGCUGUCGUCUCCCGCGAUGGAGCCAGGCUGGAGAAACUACAAAGCUUUGUGCCGGCGUCGACCCGUGACCGUCUGCACACACUCAUUGGGGACGUGGGGUCCGAGGAGGGAGCGGAAGCCGCCAAGGAAGCCCUGCUGAAGAGCGUUGGGAAGGUCACGGACGUGGUGUCGUCGCUGGGCUUCAGCUGGUGGCAGGGAGGCCCCCCCCACACUCAGACGCUGCAGGAGCUUCAUUGGGUCCUGGAAACGCUGCUGCUGAGCACUUUUACGUCCUGGAAAGCGUUCUUCCCUCUGGUCCAGGAGAACCCCAGCGGCUCCUACACCUUCAUCACAGGAGGGGCUGGCGAGCGUCUCCUCAUGCCAGGCACAGGGUUCCUGACGCUGGGGGCCGCGGGCGCACUGGCCUUCUGCCAGGUGGUCCGGGAGGAGUACCCAGACGUGCCCUGCAAGCUGAACGAGGUGAAGAUUGACAUGGGGGUGGCGACGCCGGAGCGUUUGCGCCCCGGCUACGUGAGUCACCUGGAGGUGGGCGAGGCAGUGGCCUCCCUGGUCGAGAAGGGGAGCGUCUCCCACGCCGUGCUGUGCGCCCGCUCGCCAGCUGACCUGAAGACCCUGACCCUAGAAGGGAAGAUCUGA